UUAAACAGAGGUGGAGGGACAGGUGACGCAGGCUUCAGUAAACUGUCUUCUUCCUGAACAGAAACGCAGCAGUCUCAGACAUGGCUAAAUUCCUCUCACAAGCUCAGAUCAAUGAGUACAAAGAGUGCUUCUCAUUGUAUGACAAGAAUCAAAACGGCAAGAUAAAUAACAAUGACCUGAUCACAGUUAUGCGCUGCCUGGGUACAAGCCCCACACCUGGUGAAAUCAGGAGACAUCUACAAGUCCACAAAAUUGAAAAGUCUGCUGAGGUGGAGUUCUCUACGUUCCUGUCAAUAAUGCACAGACAGAUGCAACAGGAGGAUCCCAAAGUGGAAAUCCUGGAGGCCUUGAAGAUGACGGACAAGCAGAAGAAGGGAUACAUCGAGGCAUCCGAGCUGCGGGCCAAGCUCACCAUGUUAGGAGAGAAACUCACAAACAAAGAAGUGGACGACCUCUUCAGAGAGGCACACAUCAAGUCAAAUGGGAUCGUCAAAUACGAAGAGUUCACAGCGAUGCUGACGCUGCCACCUGUUGAUUACUGAUUUUUAAAAAAAGAAAACAACUACGUCAAACGUCAGGACAACAAGCUACGUUGGAAAACUGACUCUGAAUAUCAAGAAGGUGACAUCAUAGUCACACUUUGCACAUGAAGUUCGGUUGUAUUAAAUUUGCCUGU